CGGGAGGAGGAGGCGGCGGCGAGAGCGACGGAGCCGCCAUCUUAGUUCGCGGCCGCAGGACUGACCGAGGCGGCGGCGGCGGCGCGGCUCCCUCAUCCCUUGGUGGCCGCCUUCCUCCUCGGACGCCCCCUCCCUGCUUCCCGGGGAGGCGCGGGGAGAGCCCCGCUCUGAGUCGGGGGGCGGAGGAGGAGAGGCCGCAGAAGCCCCUUCCCGGCGCGCGGAGAAGAUGCUGCCGCUGCCGCUGCUGCUGCUGCUGCUCUGCGGGGGGGCCCGCGCUGCUGCCGCCGCCGCCGCCGCCGCUGCUGCUGCCACCCGAGUUAACAAGCACAAACCAUGGAUUGAAACGACUUAUCAUGGCCUCGUCACAGAAAACGACCACACAGUCCUGCUGGACCCCCCGUUGAUAGCUCUGGAUAAAGAUGCGCCCCUCCGUUUUGCAGAGAGUUUUGAGGUGACAGUCACCAAAGAAGGUGAGAUUUGUGGAUUUAAAAUUCACGGGCAGAAUGUCCCCUUUGAAGCGGUGGUGGUGGAUAAAUCCACUGGUGAGGGGAUGAUACGAUCCAAAGAGAAGCUGGAUUGUGAGCUGCAGAAAGACUACACGUUCACCAUCCAGGCCUACGACUGUGGGAAGGGACCAGAUGGAGCCAACAUGAAGAAAUCCCACAAAGCAACGGUGCACAUCCAGGUGAACGACGUCAAUGAGUACGCCCCAGUGUUUAAGGAGAAAUCCUACAAAGCGGCUGUUAUUGAAGGGAAGAGGUUUGACAGCAUUCUCCGAGUGGAAGCAGUGGACGCCGACUGCUCUCCCCAGUUCAGCCAGAUCUGCAGCUACGAAAUUGUGACCCCCGACGUUCCCUUCGCAAUUGACAAAGAUGGUUACAUUAAGAACACAGAGAAACUGAACUACGGCAAAGAACACCAGUACAAGCUCACGGUGACAGCCUAUGACUGCGGGAAGAAGAGAGCAGCUGAGGAUGUGCUAGUGAAGAUUAGCAUUAAGCCGACGUGCAAGCCGGGAUGGCAAGGCUGGAGCAAAAGAAUGGAGUACGAACCCGGAACCGGCUCCCUGGCUCUUUUCCCCAACAUCCGUCUGGAGACGUGCGACGAGCCCAUCACAUCUGUGCAGGCUACCGUUGAGCUGGAGACCAACCAUAUCGGGAAAGGUUGCGACCGAGAUACUUACUCGGAGAAAUCCCUCCACAGGCUCUGCGGUGUUUCCUCAGGCACGGCCGAACUGCUUCCCCCUCCAAGCAACUCGGCCAACUGGACUGCAGGGCUCCCGACUGACAAUGGCCACGACAGUGACCAGGUCUUUGAAUUCAACGGCACCCAAGCCGUCAAAGUUCCAGAGAAUGUCAUCACCAUCAACAUGAAGGAGCCUUUUGUGAUUUCGGUCUGGAUGAGGCACGGGCCUGGGGCGCGGGAGAAGGAGACCAUCCUCUGCAACUCUGACAAGACAGACAUGAACCGGCACCACUACUCUCUGUACGUGCACAACUGCCGGCUUGUGUUUCUCUUCCGCCAAGACCCAUCCGAGGGGCAGAGCUACAAACCGGCUGAGUUCCACUGGAAACUGAACCAGGUGUGCGAUAAGGAGUGGCACCACUACGUCCUCAACGUCGAAUUCCCAGCGGUGACCCUCUACGUUGACGGCGUCUCCUUCGAUCCUUUCCCAGUCAUGGAGGACUACCCACUCCACCCCUCCAAAAUAGAAUCGCAGCUGGUGGUGGGAGCCUGCUGGCAAGACUAUACAGGAAAUGAGAAUGACACAGACACAGCGACCGAGAGCCCCACAGGUGGUGAGCUCCGCAUGGCCCAGUUCUUCCGAGGCAACCUGGCCGGCUUGAUGAUCCGCUCCGGCAAGCUGGAGAACAAGAAGGUGAUCGACUGCCUCUAUACCUGCAAGGAAGGGCUGGACCUGCAGAUGACGGAGGCCGUGGGCAAAGGUCUAAAGAUCCACAUGAACCCCAGCCAGUCGGCGCUGACCUUGGAAGGAGACGACAUCGACCGCUUCGAGAAAGCGAUGCAGCACAUCUCCUACCUGAACUCUCGCCAGUUCCCCACGCCAGGGAUCCGGAGGAUCAAGAUCACGAGCACUGUGAAGUGCUCCAACGAAGACGCCUGCAUGGCCAUCCCCUUCGUCGACGGCUACGUCAUGGUCCUGCAGCCCGAAGAGCCCAAGAUCAGCCUGAGCGGCAUCAACCACUUUGCCCGCUCCGCCUCCGAGUUUGAGAGCCCCGAAGGGGUGGCCCUCUUCCCCGAGCUUCGCAUCAUCAGCACCAUCACUCGGGAGGUCGAGCCAGAGGGGGACGGGGACGAGGACCCCACAGUCCAAGAAUCUUUGGUGUCUGAGGAGAUCAUGCACAACCUGGACACCUGCGAGGUCACCGUGGUGGGAGAGGAGCUGAACCAGGAGCAGGAGAGCUUGGAGGUGGACGUGGCGCGGCUGCAGCAGAAGGGGAUGGAAAUGAGCACCUCCAGCCUCGGCAUGAUCAUUACUGGGGUAGAUAGCAUGGCCAGCUACGAAGAGGUUUUGCACCUGAUUCGCUACCGCAACUGGCACGCCAUCUCUCUGUUUGACCGGAAGUUCAAGUUGGUCUGUUCGGAACUUAAUGGCCGUUACGUCAGCAACGAAUUCAAAGUGGAGGUGAACGUCAUCCACACAGCCAACCCCGUGGACCACGCCAGCCACAUUGCUGCUCAGCCCCAGUUUGUCCAGCCCGUCCACCACUCCUUCGUCGACCUCUCUGGGCACAACUUGGCUAACCCUCAUCCAGGCUUUUCAGUGGUCCCGAGCACCGCCACAGUUGUGAUUGUGGUUUGCGUCAGCUUCCUGGUUUUCAUGAUUAUCCUGGGCGUGUUCCGGAUUCGAGCUGCCCACCAGCGGACAAUGCGGGACCAGGAUUCCGGGAAGGAGAACGAGAUGGAUUGGGACGACUCUGCUUUGACCAUUACCGUCAACCCUAUGGAGACCUACGAAGACCAGCACAGCAGUGAAGAGGAGGAGGAGGAAGAGGAGGAAGAGAGCGAAGACGGAGAGGAGGAAGACGACAUCACAAGCGCAGAGUCUGAAAGCAGCGAGGAAGAGGAGGGGGAGCAAGAAGACGACCAACAGAACGUUAACAGACAGCAACAGCUCGAAUGGGACGACUCGACACUCACCUAUUGAUUCCAGCUCUUCCCACGGCGGUCUCUCUCUUUCCGUUUGUCGUUCUUCUGUUCUAGAAGACUCCACUGCAAACCACUCCAUCGCUCCCGAGGAUCCGUGGCGGACGCAAGGCGCUGGGGCCCGUAGAGCCGACCAACACACUCUGACCCCCCUCCCAACGUGUGUGUGUGUGUCUCUCUCUCUCCCACCGAGCCUGCCCCAUCUCUGUCUCUAGAAAUUUAGCCAGCACCUCCCCCCACCCCUACACUUUAAACCUGCAGUGACUGGAUCGGUUUAAAAACAAAAAAAUACGACACCACUCCGUAAGGAAACCGCCUCGGGCACGCCUGCCGCCUCGUCUCACGUAAGGGAUUUGGACAGCUCUGUAGCUCUCGCACAUGCUAUACUGUCGGUUUUUCUUAAUUUCUGUUUGAUUUUUGGCCCAGUGCUACACCUCCCGCUUUGUUCCUCCUUUUUUCAUGCUUUCCCGGGGGAGAAAACAUGCCAAGACGGUUCACUGACAAAAGGAUUAACUUGCUUUGGUUUGGGUUUUUUGUUUUAAUGGGGUGUGUUGCAGCUCAUUCCAUCCCUGCCAGUCUUUAAAAGAGAAAAAAAAUCCUCCCCAUGCAUGUGUAAAGUGGCAGAACGAGGUUAAUAUGUAGAAGAUUGAGAGUUUUUAAUAUUUUGUAAAUAUAUUGGAAUUAUGUAAUUAUGUCAUUUGUGAUAGUGAAAAAAGGGGAUGGGUGGGAGGGAACAGACCAUGCUAAGGUUUAAAAAAAAAUUAUAUAUAUAUAAAUAUAAAUCAUGCAGCAUGAUGUAGUAAGUUUUUUUUUUUUUUCAAAACUCCUGGAGCAGAAGCAUGGGACAAGUUAAGGAUUAACGAUGCUGCCAUAGCAUUGGACUCAGCUUGCAUCUUCACUUCAGCCCGGCUCUGUUGAUGGGUUCUCCCCUCUCAACCCAUCACCCCCUUUUUAAUUUAAUGUUUCUCUCAUAGGGAAAAAGAAAAAAAGUGAUUUUUUUAAAAAUGCAAAGGCUUCUUUGUGAACCUCUCUCUGGGUCCAAAUUCUCUGCCUCCUGCAGCUGGUGAUCCUCAUGCAUGUUGAUUUUAAGGGCAAGAGUCAGUUAGCUAGUUUGUAAUUAUUAUUUUUUUAAAGUGUCUUUGCACAAGAAGAGAAACCCAGUUGCCGCUCAGGCCUGGCGCUUUCUGACCACUGCUAGUCACACGGGUGGCUUGCUUGAUUGUAAUUGUGAUGAUGCCGGCUGAAAGGCCUCAGCUGCCAAUCGAAGACAGGUGAACUUGAACAUGCCUUGGUGGGGUGGGGUGGGGGAGAAGUGGGGUGGGCUUCCUUGCCGGCAUCAUUCCUGGUUUUUUUUAAACACUGCUGUCCAUUCCUGUUAGCUCCUUGUACAAUAACUUGGGACAUGGGUCUCGUAAACACCUUUCUUUUUUUGGUGGUGGUUGGUGUUCACACUUAAUGUGCAUAAUUCCUUCUUGGUGAAACCAGAGCGCAAUUGAGUCCACCUUGUGAAUCCACUUAAUAACAAUAUUCCAAGGCUUGGGGUUGAGGAGACCUCAUCCACAUUCGGAAAGGACCAAGGCAAUUUCCAAAAAGGUACCCAAAAAAUAAAUAAAUAAAGGCAAGUUUAUGGCUGGGUUCGUGGGGGUGCAAGGAAGAUGGUCUUUUCUCCUCUGUGUUUAAACUCUUCCCUGAGAGAGGCUCGAGUUUUUGUCACGUUCUGCUUUACGGUUCACAAUUCUCUGAGGGCUUCCGCCUGCUCUGUGUUUGAUGGCAGCGUGGCUUAGGCGUCUCUCCAUUGGGCUGCCCAUGGGGGGUGAGCUGAGUUUGGGCCAGUUGGCCCAUGGCACAGCCGAACUGCCCUCCCCCUUAAUGGUGUGACUGUCAGAACAGGUUUGGGGCUUCUGGUUCGUGGCAUAAAGGGGAGCAUGGGAUUGAGUGGGGGAAGAAAGAGACCAGGCCAAGGCACUGGAGAUCCUUCCGUACCCUUUUAGGAACGAACCUCUUUCUUUCUCAGAGAUGAUCUUGCUUUCCUCCUCUCGGCUUCCUAGCAAACCGCCUAGCGUUGGGAGGCUUUCUCAGAGGAAAGUUGAUCUCCGGAGUGCCUUUUACAAUAAGGAUUGACUGGAACGUGGGGAGGUUUAUAACCCGUAUGAAUCAACUGGGUUUUGUUUUUGUUUUGGGUUGUGUUUUUUUUAAACAUAGAUUUCUAAAAUGGACAGGGGAAAGCUGGGUUUGGGUUACUUUUAUGUGGUAACAUAUAACUGCUAGUUUUUACGUAAAAACUGGGUGGGGGGGACUUAACUUAUGUCGGAGUUGUCCUGUGUGUUCAUGUCGCUGUAUAGAAGACUCUACCCCCUUCCCUUUCUGUCACUGUAUUGGCUGUAUUUUAGACUGUAAAACUGAUCCUGACACACACACACACCCCCUCUCUCUCAGUUGCUAAUGCUGAAAGGUUGUAAACUUUUUCUGACGCAAAUUUGUAGCCAUCAUGGGUCUUAACAUUUCAGAUGUGUAUAUUGGUAAAUAGGUCAAGUUUGGAAAGUCUGAGCUACAAUAAAUUUCUGGUUCUAAAA